UUACGUAAGGACUUGAAUCUGGUUUUGAGCAUUACCUCAAAAUAUCGCGAGAUUAACACAUUGUGAGCACGCUGGAUGAAGGAGUUCCAAAGGUGGGAAGACGGAGAGAGGGAACGAACGAGAGAGGGAGGAGCAGGAAGUGACACAGGAAGAAGUUGAUCUAAAAUGGGAGACGAUCGACCUUUUGUCUGCACUGCCCCAGGCUGUGGACAGAGGUUCACCAAUGAGGACCAUUUGGCAGUGCACAAACAUAAGCAUGAGAUGACGCUGAAGUUUGGACAAGCUAGAACAGACACAGUUAUCAUAGCAGAUCAGACACCCACUCCCACUCGGUUUCUUAAGAAUUGUGAGGAGGUGGGUUUGUUCAGUGAGCUGGCUGGCUCCUUUGAGCAAGAUCUCCGCAAAACACAGGAAGAGGAGGAGAGGAGAAUUAAGAGCAUGCUUCCAGCUCUACAGACACCUACAGAGGUUAAAGAGAGGGAGGGGCCUCUUGAGAUUGACUCCUCCCCUCCAAACAGCCCAGACUCCGCCUCCAGCAUGACAAACAGCAAAGAUGCCAUUGGGAUGGCAAAAGAGCCUCUUGCUAUGAGGAAAGCCAAGGAUGUUCCUCCACGAACUGCAGCAAGUUCCACUCCUACACCAACCAUAGUGCGCCCAGGCUCACUCCCACUUCACCAAGGAUUCGACGCCAUGAACCCAACUCACCCCUCUCCCACCUCUGUUAUCACCAGGACCCCUCCGUCAAACAGACUCAGUUCGCCGUCUGGUUCUUUUCCCAUGCUGAUGCAGCUUCCAAAUGGUCAGACUGUUCCUCUGCUGCCCAGUCCAGGGCAGACUUCAGUCAUAUCGCUUGCCAGAUCAUCAAACCCAGUGCCCAAUAUCCCAGGGAUUCCAGGCCCUCCUAUUGGUGGGAGCAGCAGCGGCUCCUCCUCUCCGUCUGGAUACAGUACACAUUCUGAUGCCAAGACGAGGCUAAAAGCAGCACUAGCUCAGCAGAGUCCUAGUGGACCAGCACCAAUACAAAAAACAGAUCAGACUGAGACACCAUCACCUGCUCAACCACAGGUGUCCCCUGCUCCAACGAAAGGAGGCCGCAGACGACGAGGAGCAGAUAUUGAGCCGGAUGAGCGCAGGCGCCGUUUUCUUGAAAGGAACAGAGCCGCUGCUUCCCGUUGCCGGCAAAAACGGAAAGUGUGGGUCAGUGCCCUGGAGAAGCGCGCUGAGGAGUUAGCUAAUUCUAACGUCACGCUCACGAGUGAAGUUUCCCUGUUGAGGACUGAGGUGACCCAUCUGAAAGAGCUGCUGUUGGCCCAUAAGGACUGCCCUGUUACUGCCAUGCAGAAAAAAGCAUAUCUUGCUGCAGGGGUGGAUGAGAGUUCGGUGGCGGCGUUGGUGAUGCCCGUGUCGGUUCCGGCUCCGGUGUCGGUUAACGGUCUGAGCGUGCGUGCGGCAGAGGCUGUUGCUGUUUUAGCGGGAAUGGGCUCGGGCCAGUGGAGUAACUCAGCUGGAGAUACUUCCUCCCAAUCGCAGCCCACAUCCAGAUGAUGAGCAUGUCGUUCAGCCAAUGAGAACUAAUUAUACUUUCAGAGGAGCGAAUCCCCCCUUUCCCCUCAAAACUGUCAGUCCUGGUGUGUUUGUAAAUGCUCUCAUGUGACAAAUGGGAAGCAAUGUUACCAUGCUUUGACCACACCCUGCUCACCCGUAGCCUAUCACAGACUCUCCCCAGGCUAAGUAGUGACAUCAUACGACGCCCCUGUCAAGCAUUGCAGUGGAAAUGAAGUCUCUUCAGUCAUCUCUAUAAAAUACACCUUUACAUAUACUUGUAUAGAUCUUCUCACUAGUGCAUUGAGUUGAUAUUUGUCUCGUUUGCGGAUACUUGUAAUUAUUUAGCUUUUUAUUCAAUGGUUUUUCUAAUAUAAUGAUUCGUUGCAUGAUUCUGGCCACAUUAGAAAGAUGAUUACUACACUAUGCAGAUAAGUUUAACACCUUUCUCAGUCUCUCUUGGUGACGCUCUCUCACACAUACUCGCUUUUUUCAUUUCUCGCUCUUCCGCUCUGUCUUAAUUUUAUCGCCGUAUCUAAAGUAAUUUCUCUCAGGUCCUGGUGAAGAUCGUGUCUCUCACAUUAACGUAACCUGGCGCCACAGAAUAGACUUGGAAAAGCUUAAGAAUGGAGAGAAAAUAUAUUUUUAUAUUUGAAUAUUGUUAUUGGUUUGUCUGCAUUUUGCAAUAUAUAUAUAUAUAUAUAUAUAUAUAUAUAUAUAUAUAUAUAUAUAUAUAUAACGGGUAGCGUAACCACGUGGACAAGUUUUAGAUCAGUAUGAUUAUGAUAUGCUCUGCUGAAUUAUAAGUAUCUUUAACCAAAAUACAUAAAUCCUUUUGCAUUAGAGGUUAGACCCCAAAAUUGAAGUGCAGCUGGUCUCAACAGGGAACAUGCGCACAAAAACUCACGCGUAAUGAAUUGUGCUUGCGUUUUGUGAAUGUACAGUAGUUAACUAACCCGGCUAUGAAUGUGAAGUCUCGUUUCAAAAUGGUUGAAAUGCUUUUUAAUAAGUGAUAGGAUGGUGUUACAGAAGUAAAACGUUAUUAUUUCUUUGUUGGGGCCCGAAAGACACAAACUUGGCUAUCCUGAAUGAGUUUCAUCUUGUGCGCAUAACUAACUCAUAACUUGAGUUGGAUUCCAUUAAACAGUUCAUGUCUGAUAAAUUUUUUUUAAAUAGCAUAAUCUGUGCUAGUUAAAACUUGGCUUUUCUAUUAAAACUUGUUUUUUUUUUUUUUUUUUUUUUUUUUUUUUUUUUUUUUUUAUUCAGCUUAUAAUAUCUGGUUUUUGGUUUAGUUUUUUUUAAUAGAAACUAAUUUCUGCCACAUAAGAAAAAAGAUCAUGCAGUGAUAAAUCAUACCUAUGAUGUAAAAAUAAAAUCAUCAUAAUAAAAUAAGCCAUUUUGUCUCAUAAACAUACAUUUUGAUUGUCAUUAUGACUUUUUAUCUCAUAAUCAUGAUUUAUCAAGGCAUACUUUUUCAUAUGUUGAGGAAAUUGGCUUUUAUAGGUUUUGGACAAUGGCAUCAUAUUUCUCAUAACGUGUUUUUAUUAAAUGAGGUGUAGAUUAUCAUUUAUUUUUAUUUUUUUCUAAACAUGAUCCGAUCUGCCAUAUCAGUUUCUGCCACUGACCUUACUUGCAUCUGGAUUUAUCCUAUUUGGAUGUAGAACGUACUGCUUUCCACGGUUUGUAUAACUCACUGAUCCCAAAUUGUGUAAUGUGUAAGUGAAGCCCCUAAACUAGAGCUGUACAUAUGAAAUGAGUGUCGGCGUACAAACAUUGCUUACAGUAUGAUAUUGACUAACUGAAACAGUCCUUAAGAUAUGUCAUAAUUAAACAUUGUUGGAACUCUA